GAUGAGGGGAGAAUGUCUACAAUUUUCUCAUUAUUUAUAAAGAUAUAAUUGAAGCGUCCUUUAAAUGGCUAGGAGGGUGAAAUAAGAUGAGGAAAAUGUUGGAAAAUGUCUAGUGCUCGAAGAUUGGCAGGAGGAAUAAAGACAGGUGUAGGCUUGCUCCUUCCCUUGAUUAAAAAGAACCACCCAGAGUCUGUGACACACUGUGCUGGGAUUGGCCCUCUGCAGCCGCCGUCCCUGAACUGUGCUUUGGGUUUCCUAGCAACAAGCGGCGGUAGCCGGGCAGGAGUUGGUUUGAGGUUGAUACCUGUGGAGAAUCUCCUAAAUUGUACCCUGAAAAGGCAGAAUGGAGAUGUCAAUGCCACCACCUCAGAUAUAUGUAGAAAAAACUCUGGCUAUUAUCAAACCGGAUAUUGUGGACAAAGAGGAGGAGAUACAAGAUAUCAUUCUCAGAUCUGGAUUCACCAUUGUUCAGAGAAGAAAACUGCAUCUCAGCCCUGAGCACUGUAGUAACUUUUAUGUGGAACAGUAUGGGAAGAUGUUUUUCCCCAAUUUAACAGCUUACAUGAGUUCUGGACCACUUGUUGUCAUGAUAUUAGCUAGACAUAAAGCCAUCUCUUACUGGAAAGAACUUUUGGGACCAAGUAAUACCUUAGUAGCUAAAGAGACUCACCCAGACAGUCUAAGGGCAAUUUAUGGCACAGAUGACCUAAGGAAUGCACUUCAUGGGAGCAAUGAUUUUGCUGCAGCAGAAAGAGAAAUUCGAUUCAUGUUUCCUGAAGUGAUUAUUGAACCCAUUCCAGUUGGACAAGCUGCUAAGGAUUAUUUAAAUUUAUAUGUAAUACCAACUCUGCUUGAAGGACUCACAGCACUUUGUAAGGAGAAACCAGCAGAUCCUUUUAUUUGGCUAGCUGAUUGGCUACUGAAAAAUAAUCCCAACAAGCCCAAGCUGUGUCACAAUCUGUCUGCAGAAGAACCUUGAAGUUCCUCAAAGAACAAAUCACUAUCUUACUGUGAAAGACAUACUUCUACUUUAAAACAAACCUUCCUAAGGGGUUUAAGUAACUAUGUGCGAAAGGAGUUAUUUUUAAAGAUGUUUUAAACAAAUGACUGUGUUUUAUGCAUAAGAUAGCAUUACCUAAGGUAAAAUAUAGCUUUAGGGUAUAAUUUUUGUUCUCUAAUAAGAAAAUUGAUUUUAUCCAGAAGUAUUUAAAAUGUUAAUGAAACAAAUGUAUGUUUUUUUUGUGAUCAUAAAUGGGCAUCCAGUUAGGAGAACGAUUAAUUUAUAUAAGACACGUUAGAAACAACUGAAGAUGAAAAGACUAUGUGCCAAGAAAAACCUGCUUUCAAUUCCUGGGCCUCUUGACACACGGGCAAGGGUAGUGGCCACUGAAAAUGCAACUAGGACAGGGUAGCUGAAGACACAUUUGAUGGCGUGUUUACUAUAUAGAAAAAGACA